AAGUCUACGUGGGGAAGAAAGGUUGGUCUGACCGUGUUUGAAUAUCCUACACACCAACAGCACCGAUGUCCAAUCCAGGUUAGCUCUGUCCCCUGUCGAACCAGUUUUCCGCCCCCCGGUAGGCAAAUGGAUGCGUUGAGCAGCAGCCAGGGCGUAUAAAUGGGACGGAGAGCCGACGACAGCCUGUAAUGCUGCGCCGGGUGCGGCAGUCUCUCCGGCAGGUGCUGUUUCUGAUGGCCCGGAGACCGGGUCUUCUGUGCGGGGCUAUCGUGCUCGGCGUCCUGCUCAUACUGGCCGUGAAGUUCACAUGCAGCCGGGCUAAGAAUGUGGUGGCAGCAGCCCGUCCUCCAGUGCGGUUCUUCUCUGCUGAGGCCCCUGUGGUGGACCUCUAUCUGGGUCAGCUGGACCAGGUGGAGCGUCUCAGGAGUGUGGCAGAAGUAUCUCUCAUCUUUUUCUAUGCACCGUGGUGUGCUCACUCAAUGACUGCCCGUCAUGAAGUGCAGCAGGUGGCUAAAAAGCUGGCCAAACAGGUGCAGUUUGUGGCUGUUAACUGCUGGUGGAGUCAGGGGAAAUGCAGGAGGCAAAACCGCUUCUAUCAGUAUCCGAUCAUCCAUCUGUUUUACAGAAGGUUUGGGCCUAUAGAGUACAAGGGUCCAUUUGUGGCUCAAUAUGUGGAAAAUUUUAUCCUCAGAGUCAUCACACCGCUCACUUACCUCCCAUCAAGAGCAACACUACAAGAGUUCCUCUCCUAUCACGAGCCUCGAGUGGUGGGUUUUUUCCAGUUUAACUCUUCUCCUCAGCCGCCGGGUUACAUUACAUAUCUGUCAUCUGCCUUGCACGCACUGAAAAGGGAUUUCCGUGGUGUUGUGCGUUUCGGGGUUGUGACCAACAAACAGGUGGCAGGGGCCAUCUCACUUAAAGAAGAUGAAACAGUAUACCUGUACAGAAGAUUAAACUCCUCUUUGAUUUUCCCUCGAAGGGAACGCAACUUUACAUCCGAGGCCAUCUGUAGCUGGGUGUUUGAACACCAAGAGACCGUCCUCCAUUGGCUUCAGCCACCGGGAACAAAGUCCCGCCUCCUGGAACAUGAGCUGACUAAAGGUCCUGCCCUGCUGCUGUUCCUGCCGCACAAUCCACUCGGGUCCAAGCCCAAUCCUAUACUACAGCAGGUUGCGGACAUUGCUGUGCGUUAUCAUUCCUGUGACAACAAUAACCACUCCAGCCUGGACAAAAGUUUCACUUCCCACUCGCUGUGCUGCCAAACAGUUCCUCUGCCAGAGUCGAGUACAAAUGUGUGUGAGGUGUGCCUAAGCUUGUCACGAUCGAGCCUGACCAGCUCGUCUAUACGUUGCUCGUUCCCCUCCAUGACUCAGGGAGGAGACGUGUUGCGGUCUAAUCUCAGACACUGUUGCCUACACCAACUACCUGCCCCCGUGUCCAUAAACACUGCAACCACAGUGGGCUGUACCAACUUCCUGAACAGCUACAGCCCAUUCAGUCAAUACAGUGCCUGCUGCAAAAAAGUAGAACUCAGCAAUGAUUCACAAGCCAAAGAGGAGCCAGACAUGCAAAGAGUUCCCUUUCCGCGUCCUCCUUCGUCUAUCCCUCCAUCCUCUGUCCCUCAGGAGGGAGGAGACGGCAUCACAGGGCUCCGGUGUCAGACCAACAGGACGCUCAGGUUUUAUGUGCUGGAUGUUGCUCUGAACUGGCCUCUGGCGAUGAGGCUUGGAGCAACAGGCAACAGAAGUGCUUCUCUUUACCAGGAGGCUGGUGCGCGAGGGGAUUGGAGCAGUGACGGGUCGUUUGCAGCUAUUGUGAACCUGAAAGACGAGGUUCAUUAUGUUCUUCACCGCAGCCCAGCAACCACACUGACUGAGUCUCUGGAGGCCUUCAUCAGGAACUUCAGCGCUCCAUACAGCCUCUUGCAGAGAUACUUGGUGGGAGAAGAAGAAAGGAAAGGAGGGCAGAGGGAAUCCAGUCAUCCAGACAAUCACCAGCACUCACAUCCACGCCCCCUCAUCACAGAACUUACCACUUCCUCCUUCCUGCCAUCUGUCAUGGAUCUCCAAAAGGAUGUGCUGCUGUUCUAUUACACUCAGUGGUGUGGAUUUUGCUCUGUUCUCAACCACAUCAUCAUCCAGCUGGCCAGAUUAUUACAGGGAAACAGCACCAUCACUGUGGCCAGGGUGAAUGUUGCACGUAAUGACCUUCCAUGGGAAUUUAUGGUGGAUCAUAUUCCCUCUAUUCUUCUCUUUCCCAAAUACAGAAAACAUUCUAGUGUGAAGUUUCCUGACGACCUGCCCAUCACGCUACCCAACCUCCUUCAAUUCAUCCUGCAGCACUCUGGCUCUGUACAACAUGCAGACAAACCAGUGGCUUCUAGUGAAGCAAAGGGUCCAGGACCCAGUGCUAUCUUCCGUACAGAGUUUCUGGCACUCCAGCAUGAGGUUCAAGCGCUGCAUCACGCCCGCGAACGUCUCUCCCAACAGCUGGCGCAGCUGUGGCGCGACAACCGACGACUAAAAUUUGACACCCUCAGCUUAGAGGCGCAGAAUGCAGAGCUGCAGCGAGAAAGGCAAAGCUUAGAGGAACAGCACCGGGAGAAAAGCAGGCAGCUUGGGGAAGCGGUGAGGCGGCUGCAGGAGCUGGCAGACACCUCUGAAAACCUGCUGAACGAGAACACACUGCUCAGGGUCCUACUGAGGGCGGUGAAGGACAGGACAAUGGCUAAAGAGCAGGCGGAGGUGGAGAGCAAAGAUGCAGAACAGAAAAGAAGCCACAUGGCAUCCUGACCACAAGUCUGCAGAGAAUCCUGAGAACAACACUGAGAAGAGGAAGAGGGCCGGGAAAUGAAGGGAGGACUGAAAUGGAUUACAAAAAUAGCUUUGAUUAGACCUGAGAUGUGGUGAAACAGGAGGGAUUUUUGAAGUAGAUGAAGCUGAAAGUAAGAGGUUGCGUUAAACCCGUAGGGCAACGACCUGAUACUUUGUCUCAUAAAAGAAAAUGAGGAUGAAAUGGCAGUUAAGAUCUGUCAAAAUGAAAAAGUAAAACUGCUGCUAGGUCAGGACAGAAGUAAGGAAAGAAAAAGUUGGGUAAGUAGCGAGGGAAACAGUUGUGUCAGUCAGGGACUGUGCAGCGAUGAAAGUGGGACUAUCCACUCUUAGGAACACACUAGUAUGGGAAUUAAGUGCCAACUGCCCAAUUCAUACUACUCAGUUCUGAUGCUGUGCUUGCAAAAAUGUAAUGCGUUUAAUGUACUACACAGACCCUGCAGCAAAAUUCUCUACCCUCUCUGAAUUACACGAACAAAUAAAAACAAUGAGGUUAAAAUUACCCAUCGCUCACUACAACAUCUCACAUGAUAAAUUAAGUAUAAUGUCCACAGCACUGAUUCCAUCAGUACAAAAACAGAGUUUUGUUAUACUCACCACUCUGCUGCUCUCAAUUCAUCUUUUUUAACAGAAAUAACGUUUUCCUUCUGAAAUGAAUUCCACUCGUUCCAUCUUUGCCCUACUCCUGACCAAUGUGAAGACAUCAUCAACAAAACUUGACAAAAGUGUUCAGUUACAUUCAUGGUAGCUUAAAAUCCUUUAAGGGGGGAAACAUAAAGUGGAGCAUAGCAUGACUUGACAAUGACUGUUGCUGUACUGAGAGAAUUAGUUCUGUGGAAAUCGACAUUAAACUGAAUUUAUCAGGACAAGAGGUUAACAUGGAAGACGUUUUGAGUUUGCAUUUACUGUGAAACGGAACAUUAAUAAGGCCUGUUUCUCUGCCACAGGUAAAUAUAAAUGGCACUAUUAAAGAAUGUAUGUUAUGCACUCACCUGCUGCCCUACAAGCUGAGAGAUGAUGGUGAUGUUUUCCCAACAGUCCUUUGCUUUUAAAUUGAUGUACAGUAGUGGGUAAGUGCAUAAUUACAGGUUAGUGAUGUAGAAUUUGGCUGCAGGGAGAGAGGGCUACUAAUGAAGCUGAGACUUAUUUAAUACUGAAGAUGUGGCACCAUCUUGCAGAUCUACAGAUCUGUAAGUGAGCCUAAGAGCACUUGAAAUAAUUAACAAGAAUUCUCUUUUGUAUGGAAGGGGAUACAUCAUCUUUUGUUAAACUGAUCUAUUUUUACAGGAAUCCUUGAGUCACUAAAAUAUUAUUUCUAUGUAACUAUUCAGGUAUUAAGACUGCAAAGCUGCAGUUGUUUACAUGUGAAAUAUUGCACCUGUUUUUACUGAUUAAAAAUCUUUCAUCUUA